AUGUCCUUCCCUCCGUCGCUCGAGACGGGCGACGCUGCGAGCCAGGCAGACAUCAGCAUCGCCAGCGGCACCACAAACGCCCCCGACUCGCUCACCCCGCCAGAGCCCGUGGAACCCAUCUUCCCGCUGCUGAGCAACAGCACCGAGACAGACCAGACCCCGCUCGUCGUCGGCGCACUGGGCCAGCAGGGAGCCGGCAUCGACGACAAUGACGACGACGACGAGCCCGCCGUAGCCAAGCCCUUUGCCCGCACCUCGAGCCCCGACAACACCAAGGCCCGUCGCCAGGACAGCUGCUCCGACGACGACGGCGACGACCCGGAUAGCGACCGAGACGCCAACGACGGCGGCCCUGCAGAAGACGGCCCGGGAGGCGGCGGCGGCGGCGACAACCGCCGCAAGCGCAUGCUGCACAAGAUGCACAAGUACAGCCUCUACGAGACGGCGACGCGCUACUACAUCGUCGGCGGCGACGUCACGGAGCGGCGGUACCGCAUCCUCAAGAUCGACCGCACGGCCGAGGAGCAGGACCUCAGCGUGACGGACGACAAGAUCGUCUACUCGCAGAAGGAGAUGAACGCGCUGCUCGACACCAUCGACGACGGCAACAAGGCCACGGGCGGCAUCAAGCUGCGCUGCACCACGUGGGGCCUGCUGGGCUUCAUCAAGUUCACGAGCCAUUACUACAUGCUGCUCAUCACCAAGAAGAGCACCGUGGCCAUGCUAGGCGGCCACUACAUCUACCAGAUCGACGGCACCGAGCUCAUCCCCCUGACCCCGGCCCGCGCCCGCUCCGAUCAGCGCAACACGGAGGAAUCGCGCUUCCUGACCAUCCUCGGCAACCUGGACCUGACGCGGUCCUUCUACUACUCGUACUCGUACGACAUCACGCGCACCCUGCAGCACAACAUGACGCGCGAGCGCAUCGCCUUGCAGCAGGGCCGCCCCCGCACCCUCGACGCCGACUUCAACUCCAUGUUUGUGUGGAACAGCCACCUGCUGGGCCCGGCCGAGAGGGCCCUGACGUCGCCCUUUGACUGGUGCCGCCCCAUCAUCCACGGCUACGUCGACCAGGCCGCCGUGUCCAUCUACGGCCGCACCGCCUACGUGGCCGUCAUCGCCCGCCGCUCGCGCCACUUUGCCGGCGCUCGCUUCCUCAAGCGCGGCGCCAACGACCUCGGCUACGUGGCCAACGACGUCGAGACGGAACAGAUCGUGUCCGAGGUCAACACCACGUCGUUCCACUCGCCCGGCCCGCGCCUGUAUGCCAGCCCCCAGUACACGUCGUACGUCCAGCACCGCGGCAGCAUCCCGCUGCACUGGUCCCAGGACAGCACCGGCGUGACGCCCAAGCCGCCCAUCGAGCUGAACCUAAUCGACCCCUUCUACACGUCGGCCGCCCUGCACUUUGACAACCUUUUCGAGCGCUACGGCGCCCCCAUCUACGCCCUCAACCUGGUCAAGUCGCGCGAGCGCACCCCGCGCGAGUCCAAGCUGCUCAACGAGUACACAAAGGCCAUCGCCUACCUCAAUCAGUUCCUGCCCGAGGACAAGCGCAUCUUCCACAAGGCCUGGGACAUGUCGCGCGCCGCCAAGUCACGCGACCAGGACGUCAUCGGCAUCCUCGAGGGCAUCGCCGAGGACGUCGUCACCACCACGGGCUUCUUCCACAACGGUGACGGCGUCACCGCCCCGGCCCGCGUCCAGAACGGCGUCGCGCGCACAAACUGCAUCGACUGCCUCGACCGCACCAACGCCGCCCAGUUCGUCAUCGGCAAGCGCGCCCUCGGCUACCAGCUGCACGCCCUGGGCAUCCUCGAGGACACCGUUGUCAACUAUGACACCGACGCCGUCAACCUGCUGACCCACAUGUACCACGACCACGGCGACACCAUCGCCGUCCAGUACGGCGGCAGCCAGCUCGUCAACACCAUGGAGACGUACCGCAAGAUCAACCAGUGGACCAGCCACAGCCGCGACAUGAUCGAGAGCUUCAAGCGCUACUACAACAACUCGUUCCUCGACGGCCAGCGCCAGGAGGCCUACAACCUCUUCCUGGGCAACUACAUCUUUUCCCAGGGCCAGCCCAUGCUCUGGGACCUGGCCACCGACUACUAUUUGCACCACGCCGACCCGCGCGGCUGGCUGGGCAAGCCGCGCCACAACUACAUCAACUGGUUCACCCCCGAGUUCCUCAAGCCCAGGGAGGUCCCGCCCUGCGUGCCGCCCCCGGCCCGCGGCGACGCGGCCUCCAAGCCCGUGUCGUACUUUGACGACUACUGGCUCGAGUACUACCGCCCCUCGACCCUGUCCUCCUUCCUCAAGAUGUUCCCCUACAAGAUGAACUCGACCAUCAAGUUCAUCCCCUUCAAGUCCACCCAGGAGGGUCGCUACGACCUCAGCCCCUUCCGCGUCCGCACCGAGGGCGACCAGGACGCCCAGGACAAGCGCCGGAGGGGCAAGAAGGAGGUCACCAUCCUGGCACCUCACGACCUGCCCCACGUCGGCGCUGACGCGGCCUCGAUCGCCACAACCCACCGCUCCGGCGCGUCGACCGCCGUCACCUCAUCGACAACCAAGGGCUACCGCGGCUGGCUGGACAACACGCAGGACCCCAAGUACCUGUCCUUCCCGCAGCCCAACGCCGGCAUCCACGGCAUCAUGAAGGACGGCACCUCCUCGGCGACGGCUGUCGGGGACCUCGACGUCAACGGCAAGCUCGUGAAGCCGUCGACGCUCGAGAAGACCAGGGCGGCCCAGUGGACGUUUGCAAAGAUGGUGCACGAGUCGCUGAACCCGUCGGUCAGCGGCGACGAGACCGAGGACUACGCGCGCUACAUCAGCCACCCGCAGACGCUCCCGCUCGUCGUCACGGCCGACCCGGAGCCGUCGGACGACGUCGACGGCGAGUAUCAAGAGUACGUUUCGGGGAGCUGGCAAACGGUGGGGUUGACGCCCAAGGCCGCAAGCAGCGUCGUCGUCGGCGGCGGCAGCGGCACCAACGGCUCCUCGCAUCACCCGCUCCUGAACCAUCACAACUACCACCACCACCGCACCCACUCUCCGGCCCAGUCGCACGACUUUGGCUACGGACAGGACAGGGCCGACAGCGUCCUGGGGCGGGACACGGACGAGGACGGUGACGACACGCGCGUCUACGAGGAGCUGCUACGCGUAGGCGAGAACCCGCUCACGGUGACGGAGGAGGACACGCACAAGAAGCGGUACAAGGCCUACGGGAAGUGGCUGAGGGGCAAGUCGCUGUUUAAGCAGCAGCCGGUGGACUAG